GUCAGCCAGUGUUCCUGGAAGCUCAAAUGUGGCUGCUGGCAGUAACCGUCGUCUUCAGCAGACUCAGCACCAAGUAGACGAGGUUGUUGACAUCAUGAGAGUGAACGUGGACAAGGUGUUGGAGCGAGAUCAGAAGCUGUCAGAGCUGGAUGACCGUGCUGAUGCGCUGCAGGCAGGAGCUUCCCAGUUUGAGACCAGUGCAGCCAAGCUGAAAAGAAAGUACUGGUGGAAGAACUGUAAGAUGUGGGUGAUAUUGAUAGCUGUUGUUGUCAUGAUCAUCAUCAUCAUUAUUGGUAAGUUUCACCAAAAUGGGGAUUUCUCAUAG